GGUAUGGGGUCGCACAGUCAGACACGACUGAAGCAACUUAGCAGCAGUAGCAGCAUCAGGGAAUGCCCAAAGAUGUCCACGUUGUAAUUCUGUGAACCUGUGAAUAUGUCACCUUACUCAGCAAAAGGGUCUUUGCAGAUGUGACGGAGCUGAAAAUCUUAGAUGUGCAAAUUUUCCUGGUUAUUACAUUUGUGCCCUAAAUGUAAUCACAAACUUUCUUAUGAGGGGGAAGCAGGAAGAUCAGUCAGAGGAGGAGACGAGAUAAGGAAGGAAACCGAAGCCAAAAUGGGGACUUCUCUGGUGGUCCAGGGGGCUGGGUUCAAUUUGAGGUUAAGGAAAUAGAUCCCAGAUGCCUCAACCACAGUUAAGACCUAGGGCAGCCAAAAAAAAAAAAAAAGCAAAAUGAUGCAGCCACAAACCAAGGAAUGUGGGCAGCCUCUAGAAGUUGAAAAAGGCUGAGAAACAGAUUCUUCCCUGGAGCUUCCAGAAGGAACACAACCUUGAUUUUAACUACUUGAACUCAGUGAGACCCUCGUUGGGCUUCUGAACUGAACUUCCGGGCUAGACCGUGCGUAUUUCCGGUCAAUAUGGCGGCGCCCAGUAGAGUCAGGUGCGGGCGAGUCUAUCUUCGGUAGCGGCGGCGACACGAGGCUCGGGGAGACCCCCAGGAGUCGACCCGUCGGGACGCCGGAGAUACUUCAGCGGUGACCACCCCCUACCCCAACACAUUCUUGCUUGCUUCGCAAACUGCCCAUGGCGAACCAGGGCUCCGGGGGCAGUCGCCUUCCCCUGGCUCUGCCCUCAGCCUCCCAGGAUUGCUCGUCAGGGGGCAGCGGUUCCUCCGAGGGCGGCUCAGGCCAUCCCCCGCCCCCGCGAAACCUCCAGGGCCUGCUGCAGAUGGCCAUCACGGCGGGCUCUGAAGAGCCAGACCCCCCUCCAGAACCCAUGAGUGAGGAGAGGCGCCAGUGGCUGCAGGAGGCCAUGUCGGCCGCCUUCCGGGGCCAGCGGGAGGAGGUGGAGCAGAUGAAGAAUUGCCUCCGGGUGCUGUCCCAGCCCACGCCGUCCUCGGCUGGCGAGGUUGAACUGGCCGCUGACCAGCAGGAGCGCGAGGGAGCCCUGGAGCUGCUGGCGGACCUGUGUGAGAACAUGGACAAUGCAGCAGACUUCUGUCAGCUGUCGGGCAUGCACCUGCUGGUGGGCCGCUACUUGGAAGCGGGGCCGGCGGGGUUGCGGUGGCGGGCGGCGCAGCUCAUCGGCACGUGCAGCCAGAACGUGGCGGCCAUCCAGGAGCAGGUGCUGGGCCUUGGCGCCCUGCGCAAGCUGCUGCGCCUGCUGGAUCGGGACCCCUGUGACGCAGUGCGCGUCAAGGCCCUCUUCGCCAUCUCCUGCCUGGUCCGGGAGCAGGAGGCCGGGCUGCUGCAGUUCCUCCGCCUGGACGGCUUCUCCGUGUUGAUGCGGGCCAUGCAGCAGCAGGUGCAGAAGCUCAAGGUCAAGUCGGCGUUCCUGCUGCAGAACCUGCUGGUGGGCCACCCUGAACACAAAGGGACCCUGUGCGCCAUGGGCAUGGUCCAGCAGCUGGUGGCCCUCGUGCGGACAGAACACAGCCCCUUCCACGAGCACGUGCUCGGAGCCCUGUGCAGCUUGGUGACAGACUUCCCCCAGGGCGUGCGGGAGUGCCGAGAGCCCGAGCUGGGCCUGGAGGAGCUUCUGCGGCACCGGUGCCAGCUGCUGCAGCAGCACGAAGAGUAUCAGAUGCUGUUGCUUCAGCAAAGCUGGACACAGAAAACGUGCCACCCUCUUGGGACGUACCUUCUGCUGAGAUCAUGCUUCUGUGAACACUGUCAGGAAGAGCUGGAGUUCUGUGAGAAGUUGCUCCGGACCUGUUUCUCCACCCCAACUGAUGACAGCAUGGAUCGGUGAAACCCGGUGGCUUCUCUCCCCCUCUUCAUGGGAACCCCAGCCUCCUGCCUUCCCCUCACCCAUGAAGCCCUCUCCCAAAGGAGAGAAGGGCCUUGUUGGUGCCGUGCCCGGGCGUGUCACCUCUCUUUACUCAUCCCCCAGGGUGGAUGCUGAGAAAGGCGCUGGCUCCUUGGAUCCCGCCUCUCAUGCACUCUUAUCCACUCCCCCUUCUCAUGUCCACACUGCUCUUCCAGUAAAGGUGUUCCUCCUCCACUUCCUUCACUGCCACCUUUGUCACCUCGCCUGGAGAGUGCCUUGGUAGGGGAGGAGGGGCACAAUCAGGGGAUCUAGGGAACCAAGGAGGGAACAGCAAUGGGCGGAACCUUGGAAAAAUAAAAAUGUUGCUCUCUAAA